AUGUCCACAUCACCUGGCGAUCAUGAUAGUGAUGGUACGGCAGAGGGCGAAGGCGCUGAUGCUGAGUCUAAUGCCGAAGGCGAGCAGGGCGGGGCGGAUGCCGGGGCGGGCGGCGAGGUGAAGGAACAGGAUGACGAAGUGAUUGGAUCUGGAAUGGGGGAUAACGCAGAUGACGAUGAUUUAGCCCCGUUGUCGUUGCUCGCACAGGGAGACUCGCUGCCGCUGUCGUACCGGAGCGAUAAUGGGACAAGAGAGUCUGAGUUUUUCGUUGGUGAUGAGAACGAGAACGUGAAUCCCUACUACGAUGUUGUCCGACGCCUUUCCCCGACGGAGCUGAUCGGCAGGUUCAUGAAGACCUCCUCUCCCAAGGUUCAGGAGGCAGUGCGAACGACGGUGCUUGGGCUGUUGGGAUCUCUCCCUAGGCAUGCUUUCGAGACUACGGCCAUCGCCACUGGGGAUGCGCUUGCUAACCUCAUGUUCCAGCUGCAGAUGACUGGGUACAUGUUCAAAAAUGCCGAGUACCGCCUUUCUCUGCAAUCUUCGAUGCGAGCUUCGGCCGCCCUGCCCCCAGGCAAGAGCAUUGUCGGUGAGGAAGCGGAAGACGAAUCUCUCAGCACUUCGCGCGUGGAAAUGGACGAUGAUGGCAACCUCAUCAUCGCUAGACCAAAGAUUUCGGGCAAGAUCAAGCUCACCUAUGACGAGGAUAAGGAGACAGAACGCGCAAUGGAGGUGGAUGCCGAUGCCUACAUGGCCGAGCUUAGGGGGCAGGUGGAGCAGCUGGAGGCUCAGCUGUUGAAGGUGCAAACCCAGAAGGAGGAGGCGGUGCAGCAAGACCUUUUGGUUUACAUCAAGUCAAUGCCGGAACAUCAGCUGCAGGGGCUUACGGCCGGCGUGAGCCCUGACGUGCUGGAGUCUAUGCGGCUUCUUGUGGAAACGGUGAUGGGUGGCAUGGGUGACCGCGAGAUUCUGUCAAGAACAUUGACUCAACAAACAGGCUCCGGCAUGGCUCAGUUAUGCAUGUGGCAGCUCGUGGUUGGGUUCAACCUUCGAGAAAUGGAGGCUAGAGAAGACAUGCGAAAGAACUUCAACAAGUGA